UUUUACUCGAAACACAGGAAUUUGGAUCAUUAACAACGCUAGUUUGAAUUUAUUUUUAAAAUGUUGUAUUCCUCAUUUAUUUGACAUAUUGAAAAUCCACUCGCGUCGUCCAGUUCUUAAUGGUGCGCUUGCGCGCAAAGGUAACGGGAGCUAUCCAAGUGCUGAAUCUGAAGAGGCGUCCACUUGUCUCCAUUCCAGCAGUGGACAGUCUUCAACGCAAGGAAAGAUUAUGCUUCAACACCGCUAUAUGUUUUUGAGAACAUACAUCUGUUUUCAGUGAGUUUUUGAAUGCAAGUGAGAACGCCUCUUUGACGGCUCGGCGAAUUGUAUCACCUCACGACGUUUUUUUUUACAGGUUAUUUUUUGGUGGCAAUGACUCAGAAUUUAUGAUUCUGGGAACCAGUGUUUCAUCAAACUAAACUAUGAUCCUACGGACUGGAAUGCCACCUGCGUAUUCUCUGUGUGCCACGAGAACACCCAACUGCGCUUUGGUCAGAAAUAAAGCGAUACUGCUGCUUGGAUUGUGUGUUUGACCAGCAUUCACAUAUGGAAGAAAUAAAGAAGUGAAGAAAUAAAAAAUCAAGAGGAAUGAAUCGCCCCUUUAUCAAAGUCUUGACUGCUUUAUUUGCAUGUUUAAUGGAGACCAACAACAGCAGGGUAGUGGAUGCCAAGGAGCAUGAGUCCAGAUCAGGAUCUACUACUAACUUGUCUCCCUCAGACUUUCUGGACUCAUUGAUGGGUAGAACAUCGGGUUAUGAUGCACGAAUAAGACCAAACUUCAAAGGUCCCCCAGUUAAUGUUACCUGCAACAUAUUUAUCAACAGCUUUGGUUCUAUAGCAGAAACUACAAUGGAUUACAGAGUGAACAUCUUCCUGCGACAGAAGUGGAGAGACCCUCGGCUGGCGUACAGCAAAUACCCAGACUCCUCUCUGGACCUGGAUCCGUCCAUGUUGGAUUCUAUCUGGAAACCUGACCUGUUCUUUGCCAAUGAGAAAGGCGCCAACUUCCAUGAUGUCACCACAGACAACAAGCUCCUGAGGGUCUUCAAAGAUGGUACCGUCCUGUACAGUAUCAGGUUGACUCUCAUUCUAUCUUGUCCGAUGGAUCUGAAGAACUUUCCCAUGGACAUGCAGAUCUGUACCAUGCAACUGGAGAGCUUUGGCUACACCAUGAAUGAUUUGAUCUUUGAGUGGGAGAGCAAGGACAAAAAUCCUGUGCAGGUGGCCGCUGGGCUGACCCUCCCCCAGUUCAUCAUGAGAGAUGAGAAGGAGCUGGGAUACUGUACCAAAAGCUACAACACCGGUAAAUUCACCUGCAUUGAGGUGAAGUUCCACUUGGAGAGACAGAUGGGUUACUACCUGAUCCAGAUGUACAUCCCCAGCCUCCUCAUUGUCAUCCUCUCCUGGGUCUCCUUCUGGAUCAACAUGGACGCCGCGCCCGCUAGGGUAGCGCUGGGCAUCACCACUGUUCUCACCAUGACAACCCAGAGCUCUGGCUCCAGAGCCUCCCUUCCUAAGGUGUCCUAUGUGAAGGCCAUUGAUAUCUGGAUGGCCGUGUGUCUCCUGUUUGUAUUCGCUGCCCUACUGGAAUAUGCUGGGGUUAACUUUGUUUCCAGGCAACAGAAGGAUUUACUUCGCUUGAGGCGAAGACAGAGGCGGACUCACAAGGAUGAUGACAUGAGGGAUGGCCGCUUCAAUUUCUCUGGUUACGGCAUGACUCAGUGUCUGAAGGAUGGGUCGGCUGUUAAAAAUGCUGUCCCAAACCCCAGCCCAGCACCACCAACCCCUAAAGAGAAAGAGGUGAUAAGGAAAAGGUUUGUGGACAGGGCCAAGAGGAUUGACACUGUGUCCCGAGCAGCCUUCCCUAUGGCCUUCCUCCUCUUCAACAUCUUCUACUGGAUAACAUACAAGGUCAUCAGGCAUGAGGACAUUGGCAUGCAGUCAGGGUAGUCACUCUGCCCGGCAGGAUUUACCUAUGGAACUCUCAUCUUUCUCUCACUCUAAUCUUACUGAAUGAGAAAUGAUUGGUCAGCGCAUUGAGACUACUUUAUGUUGUGGGACUGUACAUGGAGGAGAGGCACAGUGAUGCUGGGGGUGGUGGUGUUCUUUCAGGGAUAAUUGAUAGGUGUUCAAGCAAAAUCAAAUAGACUAAUACACAUGUUUUAGAUGAACAAGUGAACAAUUGGUGAGGCACAGAUAUAUUCCUAUGUGUUAAUGCAUCCUGGAGAUUCUACUGGGCUUUUACUCAAGGCACAGAGCAAUGAUGUAAAAAGGUGGACCAAAUUUUAUGAGACAAUACUGCCUUUGCAUUUGUGCAACCUUGCAAUGGAGCAACAUUCCAUGCAUUUGUAUGUGCAGUAGUCUGGGCUUUAGGGUUAGACUUUUGUGUGGUUUUCAUAUGAAGGUUGAUUUAGAGCAGUUUUAUACAAUUGUACUGCAGUUCCUCACUGUUUCUACAAGCAGCAGUUCUAUUUAUUAGGCAAAGAGCACAAUGUAUACACACACACACGUUUCACUAUCCUUGUGGGGACCAAACAAUUGAUUACCAUUCAAAAUCCUAUUUUCUCUAACCCUUAACCCUAAACCUUACUCUAACCUUAACCCUAACCCCAAGACUAAGACUAAAAAAGGCUUUUUCCUUGUGGGGACCGGCAAAAUGUCCCCACUUGAUAGAAUUUUCCUUGUUUUACUAUCCUUGUGAGGAGUUCUGGUCCCCUCAAGGAUAGUAAAACCAAACACACACACUCACGUUCUAUAAGGCCUACAUGUGUGAAGAGAUUAAAUCCAGAUUGACAGUUAGAUACUGCAUUUUUAUAAGCUACCCAAAGCCUUAGAUAUCAUGGAUUUGGAGAUAAAUGGUAGGCUUCCCUAUCUUUCACAAAGCAACGUCUCUUCUCGCUCAGCUGUCUGUCAGAAAUGAAUGCACUUAUUUAUUUAAAACUCAGUAAAAUUUUGCCUAGAGGUGGUUUGUAUUUUCCACUCCCCUUCAACAUACAGUUGAAGCCGGAAGUUUAACCCCCCCC